UACUAUUUACCAUAAUUAUUCCGUCAACACAUGUCAUAUAUAUACCUUUCUCUUAUACUUCUGAUUCCACUGACCACAUCACAACAUGACCUAAUAUGCAUCGACUGUGAAAGAGUUUUCGAUUGCGAAAUUGCCAAGACAGGAUAUACAUGCGAAACUACGAAAAUUCGGUCCCGCUUUCACUGGACUAAGAAACCUAAGUUUUAUGUCGAUUUAGAUGAAUGCAUCCCGGAUGAAUUGGAUAUUCAAUGCCUUAAGGAAGAAGAAUUCCAUCAUGCUGUCGUUUGGUCUCCCCAAUUUGGUUGCCAACUUGUGGUUGAAACUGAUUUUGUCCUAGAUGUGGGUUGUUAUGAUAUCUGGAGUGAUUGUCCGUGCGUCGAUCGGAAAGCAUCUGCGAAAAAACCCACCUGUAAAAAUUGACGAAAGCAAUCAAACUUUAGCUUUAAGUCGUAUAUGUAUAAUGAAGCAUAUAAGAAACUUACGCUGAAUGGGCGCUCGCCGAUUUUAGUGGCACCACCGAUUAACUUGGUUUUUAAUUCAGCU